AUGGGCCUCCUCGCCGCGGCGGUCGCCGUCGACGCCGGCGCCGAGUCCAUCCUCUGCUCGGUCACGGACGUUCCCACCGCCGUGGCCGACGCGGACGCGCUCUUCUUCGAGCGCUGGAUGUUGUCGGUGGAGACGGGCGACGCGGGGCCGUGGCGCCAGGUGCCGGCGCGCUGCGGGGCCUUCGUCCGCGCGUACAUGGAGGGCGAGCGCUACGCGUCCGACUGCGCCGCCGUCGCCGCCGAAUCCCUCGCCUUCGCGUCGCAGGCGCUCGCGUCGGGCGACGGGGGUGCCACUGCCAAGCCGGCGUGGGUGUUCGACGUCGACGAGACGCUGCUCUCCAACGCGCCCUGGUACGCCGCCAACGGAUGGGGAUUGGAGGAGUUAGACGAUGCCACAUUUGAUGCAUGGGCUGACGUUGCCAAGGCACCUGCAUUACUAUCUAGCUUGAAACUGUACAAUGAACUUCAGGGACUUGGUUUCCAUAUUAUCCUCUUAACUGGCCGAACUGAAUCGCAGCGUAAUGCUACAGAAGAAAAUCUCUUGUUUGCUGGCUACCAAUCAUGGGAAAAACUCACUAUGAGGCAACCCUCUGAUAUGGGCAAGACAGCUGUGCAGUACAAAUCAGAGAAGCGGGCUGUGCUGGAAGCGGAAGGAUUCAAGUUACUUGGAAACUCUGGGGAUCAAUGGAGUGAUUUGAUUGGAUUACCAGUGUCAACGAGAUCCUUCAAGCUUCCGAACCCAAUAUACUAUGUCACCUGAUUUUAUCGGCAACUAUGGAGAAUAUUGCUAUUCUUGUCUUACAACAUUCCUAACAUUUCUACGGCCCCAGGCCGCUAGAUAUCAUGUUCUACGAAGUGAAAGCUGUGCGACGCACCGGUAAUUUAGUAGCUCAUAAGCUAGCUACGGAAGGCUAUAUGGAUAAAUGUACUCAAACCUGGUUCAGUGAAGCGCCGAACUGUAUCAAGUCGGUGUUGUCCGCUGAUGUUGAAUGAAUGAAUAACAGCAUUUUCCUCUCAAAGAAAAAAUUGAUAA